GUGCCGCUGCCUGAUGGCCACUCACCAGGCCCCCAGGAGCCGAGUGCCCUGGGACCAGGAUGGCUUCCUGCAAGUGAAGAUGGAGGAUGAGGAGGCCAGCCUCUCCCAGGUCCAGGAAUGUGGCCUUGGCAACAUGGUCCACCCCGAGGCUGCUCGUCUGCUCUUCCGGCACUUCCACUAUGAGGAGGCAUCCAACCCGCAUGAGACCCUGGCCCAACUCCACAAGCUCUGCUACCAAUGGCUGCAGCCCGAGGUGCACUCCAAGGAGCAGAUGCUGGACUUGCUGGUGCUGGAGCAGUUCCUGGACAUGCUGCCCCCUAAGAUCCAGGCCUGGGUGGGGGCCCAGUGCCCCAAGAGCGGCAAGGAGGCCGCCAUGCUGGUAGAGGAUCUGUCUCAGGCACUGAGCAAGAGAGGAUGGGAGCCAGGAGCCGAGCCCUCAGAGGCAAGCUGCGAGCACAGCCAUUCAGAAGCGUCAGACAUGGCCACUGAGGCCCUUGUGGGGGGUGUUUCCCCAGGACACGCCUUUGGUGACACCUUUGAACCCCAAGGCAGCUCAGAGAAACUGUCAGGACUCUCGGGGGACGUCUGGACAAAGUCUGCCACCCGAGAAGCAGAUUGCAGGCACACUCCAGAGCCUCACGAGGGUGCCCCCAUGGACCAGCCCAGCUUUGAAUCUGGUGCCUCUGGAAGCAGUCCCAGUGUGUGGCCAGACGUCACCUGGGAAGAGAAGACUCCUGAGGAGAAAUUCGGUCCGUUGGCUGGUCCUGGGACAGAGCCUCCAUGUGUGCACACGGGGAGGACAUCUUCCAAGUGCAGAGAAUGUGGGAAAAUGUUCCAGAGCACCCGGGCCCUGGAGGCACACUGGAAGAGCCAUUCCCGGAAGACACCCUACACCUGCAGUGAGUGCGGGAAAGCCUUCAGCCGGAGCACCCACCUGGCCCAGCACCAGGUCGUGCACACGGGGGCAAAGCCCCAUGAGUGUAAUGAGUGUGGCAAGGCCUUCAGCCGGGUCACCCACCUGACGCAGCAUCAGCGCAUCCACACAGGGGAGAAGCCCUACAGGUGCGGGGACUGUGGCAAAACCUUCAGCCGCAGCACCCACCUCACUCAGCACCAGCGGGUGCACACAGGUGAGCGGCCCUACACAUGUGAUGUGUGUGGCAAGGCCUUCAGCCAGAGUGCCCACCUGACACAGCACGUGCGCACCCACACAGGGGAGAAACCCUAUAGGUGUGACCCUUGUGGGAGAGCCUUCAGCGAUUGCUCAGCUCUGAUCAGGCACCUGAGGGUCCACUCUGGGGAGAAGCCAUACCAGUGCCAGAUUUGUCCAAAGGCCUUUGCGCAGAGCUCCUCCCUCACCGAGCACCAGAGGGUCCACACAGGGGAGAAGCCCUACAAGUGCAGCAACUGUGGGAAGGCCUUCAGCCGCAGCUCCGCCCUCCUGGUGCACCUGCGCGUCCAUAUCACGGUGCUGCGGUGACCCACCAGGUGGCUCCCUUGGGCUCAGCAUGGUAGAGAAACCCUGAAUUCCAAAGGAGCCAGGGAAGAUGGGAUGGAUCAUUGAUGACUCCCCCAGAAUGAUGAGUUCUUAAGGUCAGACCUAGGGCUGUCUGGGAGCAACUCUGCAUUUGAGGACCCGGAUGAAUCCAGGUUCCAGAAGGAUCCCACUGUCUUCCGUCCCUCUAGACACAUCUCAGAGAAAGGACAGGUGAGCUGAGGAGCUGGAUUUGUCCUCAGAGCCAGUAAGUUGGGUAGCAUUUCUCUCAGGACUCAGGAGUCCCAGGAUGGUCCUGGCUGGGUCUCCAGCUUCAUGCUCCUGUUUCUCCCCUGCUUAGCCCAUGUGGGACACUGCCCAUGCCACCUCUGGGCCUUUGCACCGACUGUUCCACUGCAGUUAUUCACAUCCAACUCCCAGGCUGGCUUGCAAGUCUGCCUCUUCCAUGAGGCAUUCUCCAGACACCGUGUCAUCCUCACUGAGGAUGGUGCUGACACUUGCCUGGAGGCAUUUGUCUGUGACUCUCCCCCUCCCACGUUCCACCAGACGUUGGCCCUUUUGGUUUUACCUGUACUCACCUGUACUUUGUUUUCUUCUCCAUCGUCACCUUGUGUGAGCCCUCAUCGCCUCUCAUGGAUUCCAGCAAGGGGCCCUUCCAGACCCCCUUCCUGCCUUCUUCACACCAGCCCCCAGCUGCUCAUUCCACACCCUGAACCUGAUCGUGUUCUCCAUGGCAGAAAGCUCUCUAGUGCAUCCCUUGUACAGCAGAGCUUCCUGAAAGGAUUGCAGGUUUGCCAAGAUGAGAGUUGCCUUGGGCCCCAAGCAACCUCGCCAGUUACCUUCACGUGUGUGUCUGAAUGUGGUCAAUUCUCUAUGUGUCCCAUGAUAUGAAAUGGUUUCAAAGGACUGCUGUCUGGGAGGGACCUCAGACUCCUGCACCUGUCCAUUCAUGAGCAUUUGUGAUGUUGCCCCACUGGCCAUAUUGAACUACUAGCGGUUCUUGAAGAAGCCAUACUUUUCCCCACCGAUGUGCCUUCAUACCUGUGCCCAGGACCCUUCUCUUCACUUUCCUCCAAGAUGUUUCACAUAUCCUCCCCCUCCCCAACAAAGUGCCAGCCACCUCCUCAGGCUGACUUCAGCUCUCCCUUCUUGCUCUCAGAGCUCCAAUAACGUAACCUCUCCCAAAUUUCCUACCAUGUGGUAUUCGCUCCUUGCAGAAUGUAGGGCCAUGUUUUAUUUUCUGAUCCACCAGGUGUUACUACAGGACACAACAGGACAGGUCCUGACUCACAUCUGGUUGCCACAACCCACAUGGCGCUGUCCUUGUGUAUGUUUUCUGGACUGUCUUGCACCACAGUGAGCCCUGCAAGGCAAGAACAACCUGACUUUUCACAGGACCCCAGCACUCACAUGGGCCUGGCGCUCAAUAAAAUGUUACCACUCUGGCUCAGUAGAUUGAGUGCCAACCUGCAAACCAAAAGGUCACUGGUUUGGUUUCUAGUCAGGGCACAUACCUGGGUUGCAGGCCAGGUCCCCAGUUGGGGGUGAGCAAGAGGCAACCAAUCAAUGUAUCUGUCACACAUUGCUGUUUCCCUCUUUCUUCCUCCCUUCCCCUUUCUCUGAAAGUAAAUAAAAUCUUUAAGGAAAAAAAAAGAUUCAGAAUAAUAAGGUGAGACCCAGGAAGACAGAUCUGUCAGUGUCUCUGAGAGAGCCCCAGAUACACCCAGACUCAGGCCAACUGCCUGCCACCCACAUUGCAGCUGAGGCUGGCAGAAGAGGAAAUGGCUAGACAUAAGGAAAAACUCAGAGACAGGAGACGUGUGUUUCACAUGGGCACAGGGAGUGGAGAAGGCAUGGGCCUGAAGUCAGUGACCACCUUUGUGCAGCACCUGUCCCAGGGCCUGGCUCUGACUGUGACUUGCUCAUUCAUCUCCACCUCCCUCUACCCCAACUCUCCCAGUCUCUAUCACCAAAGAAUGGACUCCUCCUCCUGCUGACAUUGGACAUCUCGAGACCACUUUACAUGUCUGCCCAUGUCUGUCUAAAGCAGGAGGAGGUCAGGGGGGAAAUGAAUCCUUAUUAAGGGUCUAUGUGUGCUGGUCAGUCUGCCAAAUAAUUUAUAUAUAUCAACUGAUUCAGUCCCCAUACAACACUGAGGAGGGGACGAUCACUCCCGUGUUACAGAGGCAGGGACGAGGGGGUCUGACCAAGUUUAUACUGCCAGGAACUUGGAACACUCAGAUUUGGGAGCAUGUACAAAUAAUCAACAUCAAUGAGUGUUACAGUACUCAAUAAACCAAGUAAGACAAACACAUUGGAUUUCUUUCAAGUCUAGGCAUAUUUUUUAUUUUUUAAUAAGUGUUUCCAUUUUUAAUCCUCACCCAGGGAUAUGCUCAUUGGUUUUAGAGAGGAAGGGAAAGAGAGAAACAUCCAUCAGUUGCCUCUCAUAAGCGCCCUAACGGGAUCAAAUCCACAACCUAGAUAUAUGCCCUGCAUGGGGGUCAAACCUGCAACCCUUUGGUGUGCAAGAUGAGAUGGUGUUCCAACCAACUGAGCCACCCAGCAACGGCGUGUUUAUUUUGUUUUUCUAAACAAUUUUAGAACAUGUUUGUCCUCAGAAAAAAGAAACCCUCCACCCAUUAACUGGCAGUCAUUGUCCCUACCCUCUUCCCCAGCCCUAGGCAACAAUGAGUCUAUUUCUUGUCUCUAUGGAUUUGUCUAUUCUGGACAUUUCCCAUAAAUGAAAUUAUGUGUCCUUACGUGGCUGGCCCCUUAGCGCAUAUUUUUAAGGUGCAUCCAUGUGGUAGCAUUUACUAACACUUCAUUUGGAUAGACCACAUUUUGUUUAUUAUUCAACUGCUAAUGGACACUGUGAGUAAUGUUGCUGUGAAGGUUAGUGUACAGGUUUCUGUGUGGCUCUAUAUUUUCAUUUCUCUUGGCUAUACAUGGAAGAGAGAAUUGCUGAGUCAUAUGUUCUCUUAAAUUUAACAUGUUGAGGAACUGCCACAUUGUUUUCCAAAGCAGCUGCACAAUUUUACAUUCCCACCAACAGUGUAGCAGGGUUCCAGCUUCUCCAUAUCCUUACCAACUCUUGAUAUUGUCUGUCUUUUUAAUUUGAGUUUUUGAAACUUAUUUUUAGAGAUGGAAAUGGAGGGAGAGAAACAUCGAUUGGUUGCCUCUCACAUGCCCCCAGGAGGGGAACCGGCCCACAACCCAGGCAUGUGCUCUUACCAGGGACUGAGCCAGCAACCUUUUGGUUCACAGGCCAGCACCCAAUCCAUUGAGCCACACCAGACAGGGUUGUCUUUUUUAUUUUAACCUCCCCAGUUCAAGUGAAGUGGUAUCUCAUGGUUUUGAUUUUGACUUGAUUUUUUUAAAGAUUUUAUUUUUAGAGAGGGGAGGAGGGAAGGAGAGAGAGUACAAGAGAGACAUCAAUGUGUGGCUGUCUCUCACGUACCCCCUACUGGGGACCUAGCCCACAACCCAGGCAUGUGCCCUAAGUGGGAAUUGAACCGGUGACCCUUUGGUUUGCAGGGUGCCACUCAGUCCACUGAGCCACAGCAGCCAGGACAGAAGGGCAUACUUAAAACAAGGACACGGGAAAGCUGAGGGUAAAUGAAUAUAGAAGGAUGUACAAGGUAGGCAGGAAACUGAAGGAAACCAAUGGAGCUGUAUUAAUUUCAGACAUUAACAAGCUAUGUGUUUAAACUUGUAGAAUUGCACACACAAACAUAUAAACUAAAUGGAUAUAGAGAUGUUGAUUAUGUCAUGGUUACAUUUGUCAGACACCAUCAAACACUUGAAAGAUAUUGUGUGUAAAUAAAACCUUAAGUUGAUUUUUACAGAAUAGGCUUGUAUCUGUUUAAAUCAUAGGAAAUUGUGUGUUAAAAAAUCAAGUACCAGUAAUUUCAUGUUGUUCAGUGUAAUUAAAUUGCCAAUAUUUGAUACUCUUUAUCCACAAAGAAGUAAUUUCCUAUGAUUUAAACUAAUACAACCCAUUUUUUUUUUUAAGAUUUUAUUUUCAGAAAGAGGGGAAGGGAGGGAGAAAGGGAGAGAAAUACUGAUAUGUGGUUCCCUCUCAUACACCCCCAACUGGGGACCUGGUCUGCAACCCAGGCAUGUGCCCCGACGGGAAAUUGAACUGGCAACCCUUUGGUUCACAGGCUGGCACUCAGUCCACUGAGCCACACCAGCCAGGGCAACUAAUAGAAACCUAUUUUUAACAGCCUAAUAGGAAGCUGUUACUGAUGUUUUUCCCCCAAAAUCAAUGAUAAAAAUUUCACCUGAAGAAAGUAAUAAAGAACAAAUUAAUUCGGAAGUAGGUAAAAGAAGAAAAUGCUAAUGACACAAGUAGAGAGCAAACAGAAAAGAGACAAUUUUUUUAAAAAUUAACAAAGCCAAGUUUGUUUUUUGAAAAGAUUACUAAAAUUUGAUAAACCCCCAGCCAAACUGGCAGAGAGAUGGGAGAAGGGUUGGGGUAGGGUAGAAGAGAAAACAUCAGGCACAAAAGAGGUGACAUUGUUAUAGACCCUACAGUCGUUCAAAGAAUACAGGAAUAGGUAAAUCACCCCUGGCUGGUGUGGCUCAGUAGAUUGAGUGCUGGCCUGCAGACCAAAAGGUUGUGGGUUUGAUUCCCAGUCAGGGCAUGUGCCUGGGUUGCAGGCCAGGUCCCCAUUUGGGGGCCUAAGAAAGGCAACUGAUCGCUGUUUCUCUUCCUCUCUUUUCCCUUCUCUUUAAAAACUAAUAAAAUCUUUAAAAAAGAAAAAAAAAACAAUGCACAAAUAUGUAAAUCAGACCACAGAUGAAAAAGGCAAAUUCCUUGAAAAUGCAGCUUAUCAAGUAUUAGUUGAUAACAUGAAUAUACACCCACUGUAUGUCAGUACCUGGAGAGCCAAACUCCAGGUAGGGCUGGGCAGGGAUUCAGGAGGGUGUUGAGUAACGGGGGCUCAGAUCCAAGGGAGAGCAGAGAACAGAGAGUCGUCCCGCCCCCUCACAGCUUCAGGCUCCCACGUGGGACACCUGGCCUUUGGCUGGGGACACAGUCCAGCAUCACGACCUGGUGGCCACUCAGACCAGAGGACAGAACUAUAAAAUGCAGCCUCCUUUGAACUGCCUCCAGGUGUGGGGACUGAUUUGGUCAAGAUAGGUGUGGGGUUAGGUGUGUCUGGAGCCUCAAGCUACCCGCCCACACGGGCUGGAACCCUGCAGCCUAGAGAGAGAGAUUUCUUGGUGGAAGAAAAGAGUCUUGAAAAAGG